AUGCCACUGAAGGAGAACACAGUCAUUGUUGUCCUCGGCGCCUCCGGCGACCUUGCCAAGAAAAAGACAUACCGAAAUCAGUUCCUACCCAAGGACAUCAAGAUCGUUGGCUAUGCGCGGACAAAGAUGGACCACGACGAGUACCUUCGUCGUGUCAAAUCGUACAUCAAGACGCCCACGAAGGACAUCGAACAACAACUGGAGGAGUUUUGCAACCUGUGUACCUACGUUUCUGGCCAGUACGACCGGGACGAGUCGUUCCUACAGCUCAACAAACACCUCGAAGAGCUCGAGCAGGGGAGGAAGGAGACUAACAGACUGUUUUACAUGGCCCUGCCCCCUAGCGUCUUCACCAUUGUCUCGCAGCACCUAAAGAAGUGCUGCUACCCGACCAAGGGCGUGGCACGCGUUAUUGUCGAGAAGCCGUUCGGCAAGGACUUGGCGAGCUCCCGCGAGCUCCAGAAGUCACUCGAGCCCGACUGGAAGGAGGACGAACUUUUCCGUAUCGACCAUUAUCUCGGCAAGGAGAUGGUGAAGAACAUUCUCAUCCUACGAUUCGGCAACUCGUUUUUGGGCGCGACCUGGAACAGGCAUCACAUCGACAACGUACAGAUCACAUUCAAGGAGCCUUUCGGCACCGAAGGGCGUGGUGGAUACUUUGACGAGUUUGGCAUCAUUCGCGACGUCAUGCAGAACCACCUUCUCCAGGUCUUGACCCUACUUGCCAUGGAGCGGCCUAUCUCUUUCUCCUCGGAGGAUAUCCGUGACGAGAAGGUGCGGGUGCUCCGUGCGAUCCCCGCCAUCGAACCCAAGAACGUCAUCAUUGGCCAGUACGGGAAGUCGCUGGACGGCAGCAAGCCGUCGUACAAAGAGGACGAUACUGUGCCCAAGGACUCGCGGUGCCCAACGUUUUGCGCGCUUGUGGCCUACAUCAAGAACGAGCGAUGGGACGGCGUCCCUUUUAUCAUGAAGGCGGGCAAGGCGCUUAACGAGCAAAAGACGGAGAUCCGCGUCCAGUUCAAGGACGUCACUUCCGGGAUCUUUAAGGACAUUCCGCGGAACGAACUGGUCAUGCGCAUUCAGCCAAACGAGAGUGUUUACAUCAAGAUGAACUCGAAGCUCCCCGGCCUGACGAUGCAAACGGUGGUCACGGAGCUUGACCUCACGUACCGGAGGCGGUUCUCUGACCUCAAGAUCCCCGAGGCGUAUGAAUCGUUGAUCCUGGACUGUCUGAAGGGCGACCACUCCAACUUUGUGAGAGACGACGAGCUCGACGCCAGCUGGAGGAUCUUUACGCCUCUGCUGCACUACCUGGACGACAACAAAGAGAUUAUCCCCAUGGAGUACCCAUACGGCUCUCGGGGACCCGCGGUGCUCGACGACUUCACGUCAUCCUACGGCUACAAGUUCAGUGAUGCCGCCGGAUAUCAGUGGCCGACGACCUCGGCACUGCCGAGCAACAACAAGUUGUGA